UCUCCCGUCAUGUCCUCCUCCUCACCUCCCAGUCCAUUUGCGUUUGCUUCCGACGAUUCAAUAGAAUUAAUCGACAUUCUUCGCUCUGCAGAAGACUCUCGUAGACGUCGUCGUCGAAGAUUAGAUCGCUAUGAUCCCACGAAAGCCAGACCACCCGUGGCCUUGUUUUGUGGAGCAGACAUUUCGGUGGAAUUGGCGGACCAGCAUCGGCCUUGGAGGCCUCAGGUUGUGCCUGAUGAGCAAAAUACAGCCCCCCCUCGAAAGCGCCAGCGUCGGUCAACUGGCUGUGGAACACGCAUUCACACUGAGGCACACCCUGACGAACGCUGGACUGGUCUACCAGAAGGCGUUGGAUGCCUUUCCCACUUAGAUGAUGGGUAUUUUACUCCGGAUGCCAGACGGCAGCUGAGAUUAGGGAAAGAAAGCUGCGGAUGCACAAGAACUGGAGUUGGUUGCACUGUUUGUGGAAACCCGGUUGGUGCUUUCUUCAAGCCUUGCGAGCGGCAUACUGCGUUUCUGUCGCAUUUUUCCAGCCUCUCACGCGCGCACUAUGUUUUCAUUCACACAGCUGUGUCGCCACCACUGCCUCAACCGACUACUCGUCGAAUCAGAACCCCUUCUGACGACAUUCAGUUUGGCUACCCCCCGCGUCGCAUACAGGACUUGGCAGAGCUGCGUAGAGCCCGAAGACGGGUUCAGUCGGAAGCAAUCACUGAGGACCCUCCUCGACGGAGCAUCCCCCUAUCCAGAUUCUUCACUUGGACAAAUCGCACUUCACCUCCACCACUACCCAGUGACCCAGUUCUCGACGAAGGGCCCUUUGAAGCUUGGGCAGACGACACAAUUGAGCGUGCAACUGCUCUUGCUGCGACACCGGUGCCAAUCAUUGAUUUGACUUCUAUCGAUGACCCACCGGCACAAAACGACACGUCCACCCGCCCAGUUACGCCCGAGUGGUGGCCAAACAGUGUUACAUCCCCUGGACAGCAAUCGGUGGCUCAUGAUUGGCCACCAAUAACUCGCAGCUUUGAGAGGUCGACGGCGGGGCUUGCAGACGCCGUCACAGAGACGGAGGAGGUGGAACAAGAAAAGGAAGAAUCCGAACCCAGGGGCCGGACUUUUUUCGAGCGUUGA